AUGGCCGUACACCUCAAGAGACCUUCGAUGAAAGUGAAGAAAAUUAUGGGGAGAAGGCUCCCAUCACGCGACGCUGUUAAACAUUAUCAUCGACAGUUCAGGAUGGUCCAGAAACUAAGGCCUAAUCAAAGUAAUGGAAGAACCCCCAAAAAGGUAUGUGUCACACCCUCAGCAGGAGCCCACUACAAUGCAGUGCUGCAAAACUGGCGGAAGGAUAUCAAAACCAAGAAGUGUGGAAUGUUGACCAUAGGUGUCGCCUCCUAUAUGACAAUGCCUAUGUUCACAACUCUCCUAUUGCCAAGAUGGAAGUGCGAUAGUGAGGCACUGAUGUCUGAAGUUAUUUCAUGGCUUGAAACAAAACCUGUGGACUUCUACAAGCGAGCAGUCCACAACCGUUUAAAAAGAUGGGAGAAGUGUGGCACUCUUGAUAUAAGACAAACAUUUUGUGCCGAGGCUGCAAGAAGGUCAUGUACCUUGUAUAUCCCUGACAAGAUCCGUAACUAUAUGAUGAAAGAUAAUAAUUCUGCUAGAAACAGAACUGCUGGUCAUUUGACCGAGAACACGAAGAAGGUGCUGUCCUACUUCGCCAACGUCGGCGCCACCACCAAGAAGAAGGAAGAUGAGAAAAAACAGAACCUGGAGGACCAGAUCGUGCAGACCAACCCUCCCCUGGAGGCUUACGGCAACGCCAAGACUACUCGGCAAAUUCAUCCGCAUCCACUUCGCCCCAACGGCAAGCUCUCCGGGGCUGACAUCGAGGUGUACCUGCUGGAGAAGGCUCGCGUGGUGUCCCAGGCCCCUGCCGAGCGUGGCUACCAUAUCUUCUACCAGAUGAUGUCAGAUCAAGUAGAUUACUUAAAAAAACUGUGUCAUCUUUCCGACGAUAUUUACGACUACCGCUACGAGUGCCAGGGCAAGGUCACUGUGCCUUCCAUUGACGACAAGGAAGACAUGGAAUUCACACAUAAUGCUUUCACCAUUUUGAACUUCACUAACGAAGAACGUGACAGCUGCUACAAAGUCACUGCCGCUGUCAUGCACCAUGGUAACAUGAAGUUCAAGCAGAGGGGUCGCGAGGAGCAGGCUGAGCCCGACGGCACAGAUGCCGGUGAUAUUGUUGCUACUAUUAUGGGAGUUGAAAGUGAGGAAUUGUACAGGAAUUUCUGUAAGCCCAAGAUCAAGGUCGGUGCCGAGUUCGUCACCCAGGGUAGGAAUGUCGACCAGGUGUACUAUUCCAUUAGCGCCAUGGCUAAGGGCUUGUUCGACCGUCUCUUCAAGUGGAUCGUGAAGAAGUGUAACCAGACCCUGGAGACCGGCAUGAAGCGUGCCAUGUUCAUUGGUGUGCUCGAUAUUGCCGGCUUCGAGAUCUUCGACUUCAACGGCUUCGAGCAGAUCUGUAUUAACUUCUGUAACGAGAAGUUGCAGCAGUUCUUCAACCACCACAUGUUCGUGCUUGAGCAAGAGGAGUACAAGGCCGAGGGCAUUGACUGGGUCUUUGUCGACUUCGGUAUGGAUCUGCAGGCUUGCAUUGAGCUCUUCGAAAAGAAACUCGGCCUCCUCGCCAUUCUAGAAGAAGAGUCCAUGUUCCCCAAAGCCACCGACAAGUCGUUUGAGGAGAAGCUGAAGGCCAACCAUCUGGGCAAGUCUCCCUGCUUCAUCAAGCCUAAGCCUCCAAAGGCUGGACAGGCUGAAGGUCACUUCGCCAUCGUCCACUACGCCGGCACUGUGACUUACAACCUGAGUGGCUGGCUGGAGAAGAACAAGGAUCCCCUCAACGACACCGUCGUGGACCAGCUCAAGAAGUCCAAAAUGGAUCUCGUUGUGGAGCUCUUCGCCGAUCAUCCCGGCCAGUCUGCUCCCGCUGAGGCCAAGGGAGGCAAAAAGAAGAAGACUGGAGGUUUCAAGACUGUAUCUUCUGGCUACAGGGAGCAGUUGAACAGCCUCAUGACGACCCUGCACUCCACUCAUCCCCACUUCGUCCGUUGCAUUGUGCCCAACGAGACCAAGUCACCAGGUGUCGUGGAGGCUGGCCUUAUCAUGCAUCAGCUGACCUGCAAUGGUGUACUUGAGGGCAUUCGUAUUUGCCAGAAGGGCUUCCCCAACAGGAUGCAAUACCCUGACUUCAAACACCGUUACAAGAUUUUGGCCGCUGACGUCAUGGCCACAGAAAAGGAUGACAAGAAGGCAGCAGAAAUGACAUUCCAGAAAUCUGGACUUGAUAAGGAGUUGUAUAGGUGCGGUAAGACAAAGGUAUUCUUCCGUGCUGGCGUCCUGGGUACCAUGGAAGAGCUUCGUGAUGAACGUUUGGCCAAGAUCAUCACUUGGAUGCAGUCAUGGAUCCGUGGACUGAUUGGACGCAAAGAAUAUGGCCGUCUUCAGGAACAACGUGUAUCCCUUGUAGUUCUGCAGCGGAACAUUCGCAAGUAUAUGGACAUGAGCAACUGGUCCUGGUUCAUCUUCUGGCAGAAGGUGAAGCCCCUCAUCAACCAACCAAGGAUUGAAGACGAGAUCAACAAGCUCAAGGACAGGGCUGAGAAGGCUGUUGCAGACUUGGAUCGCGAGUGUACUCGCCGCAAGGAGCUGGAAGAAUCCAACGUGAGCCUUGCCGAAGAGCUGAAUACCCUGAAGGAAACGCUUGAAUCCACAAAGGGCAAUGUUUCCAAAUUCAUUGAAGAACAGGCCAAGAUUAGUGCAGCCAAAGCUGACUUGGAGGCUCAGCUCUCUGAUGCUUCUGCUAGACUUCAGAAAGAAGAGGAAAAUCGCACUGAAAUGUUCCAGUUGAAGAGGAAAGCGGAGCAAGAUGUCAAUGCCAUGAGGAAAGACCUGGAAGAUUUUGAACUUAAUGUUCAGAAGACUAACCAGGAUAAGGCUCAGAUCAGGAAUAUCAAUGAUGAAAUAUCUCACCAGAUGAUCACAAGGAAAAGAAACUUUUGCAGGAGAUGA